CUGUCAAGUCAUGCAAAACCUUCCUUCCUCUUAUUGUGGCUGCUGCUGCAAUGGAGAUAGAUGGUCCCUCUGAAGAUUUUCACAUGAGAAAAGAAAACCGGCCGGGGGCCAGUGCAUGGAGGGCGGCCUGGGCCGGGUAGAGUGUUCUGUGCAUAUGCAACAAUCUAUUUUCUCUCUCUCUCUCCCACACAAUUUAAUGGUGAGAUGGAACUUCCACCAUUGGUCACCAACAUCACCCACCUGGACCAUUAUACUUACUUACAUACAGACAUACGUACAUACAUUCCCCUUCAUCUCAUCUCUUCCCUUCUCAUCUGCAACCUGAGAGCUAACUCUUUCUUCUUUCUCACUUGGCCCUCAGACGCCUCUCCUUGUCUGCCACUUGCCCACUUUCUCACAAGUUAAUUCCAUUUCCAUUUCCUGAUCAUGAUGCUGUAAUGGAAAUUAAACCAGGAUUUUACAGUAGUUCCCCCCGCGUAAGUUAUAUAUGCAGCACCCCAUUCUUUCUCCCUACAGGCAUCAUAUCACCAACCUUUCAGUUCAGAGCCAAUUAUGUUGUUUCCGUGUUCCGGGACCUCAAUGAGGUGCUUCUGUGUGCAGGACUGCAACGCCGCUAUGGGAGCUCCCCAGGCAGGAGGAGGGUUCUUCUCCACUCAUCUUAUUCCAUCCCUUGGAGCUAGAAUCAAUCGAGUAAUCAAGCUUCGGAGGAAUAUAAUAUCCCCAUUUAAUCCUCGGUAUAGGGCCUGGGAGAUGUUCCUGAUUCUCCUCGUCGUCUACUCGGCCUGGAUCUCUCCCUUUGAGUUUGCAUUCCUGGCUUACAAGCAGGACGCCUUGUUUGUCAUCGACAACAUUGUGAACAGCUUCUUUGCCAUUGAUAUUGUCCUCACCUUCUUCGUGGCGUAUCUGGACAGUGAGUCGUAUAUUCUGAUUGAUGAUCCUAAGAAGAUAGCAGUAAGGUAUCUAGCAACGUGGUUCGCUUUUGAUGUCUGCUCCACAAUACCAUUUCAAUCUCUGACACUCCUCUUCACAGAUCAUGGAGGUGGUCUAGGCUUUAAAUUGCUCAGCAUGCUAAGACUCUGGCGACUCAGGCGUGUCAGCUCACUCUUCGCAAAGCUCGAGAAAGACAUCCGUUUCAAGUACUUCUGGACUCGUUGCACUAAACUUGUAUCCGUGACUCUUUUCGCGGUGCAUUGCGCCGGGUGCUUCAACUACUUGAUUGCUGACAGAUACCCAGAGCCGAGAAGAACCUGGAUUGGUGCUGUCUAUCCAAACUUCAAGCAGAUGAGCCUGUGGAACAGAUACGUGACUGCAAUGUAUUGGUCGAUUGUAACUCUCACCACUACAGGUUACGGCGACUUGCAUGCUGAGAACCCGAGGGAGAUGCUGUUUGACAUUUUCUACAUGCUCUUCAACCUGGGACUUACGUCGUAUCUCAUAGGAAACAUGACAAACCUCGUGGUCCACUGGACCAGCCGCACCAGAAACUUUAGGGAUUCCAUUCGUGCUGCUUCAGAAUUCACCCGAAGGAACCAACUGCCCUCGCGGAUUGAAGAACAGGUUUUGUCGCACAUCUGUCUGAAAUUCAAGACACAAGGAUUGAACCAGAAAGAGACCCUGAAUGGUCUCCCAAAAGCCAUGCGAUCCAGCAUUGCGCAGCAUCUGUUUUACCCGGUUGUUCAGAAAGUUCCUCUCUUCCAGGGAGUUUCCCAGGACUUCCUUUUGCAGCUGGUCCCUGAAAUGGAAGCCGAGUACUUCCCUCCCAAAGAAGACGUGAUCCUACAAAAUGAGGCUUCUACAGAUGCAUACAUUCUGGUCUCAGGAGCAGUGGAUUUCAUUGCUAAGGUGGACGGAGAUGAACAAAUAGUGGGAAAGGCUUCCGCAGGGGAGAUUUUCGGGGAAAUUGGGGUACUAUGCGAACAGCCACAACCAUUUUGCAUUCGAACUACUGAAAUAUCUCAGAUUCUAAGGCUGAACAAGAAGGCAUUCCUCAACAUUCUCCGGGGCAGCCCAGAAGAUGAGAGUAGAGUCAUGAAAAAUCUAUUCCUGAAACUGAAAGCGUUUGGAGGUUUUGACAUAGAGAGCCAACAGCAUCCAGCCCAGACGCAUCCCUGUGAGGAGCCUAAAGGAGGCUACGAUAGUUGCACGGGACAGAACUACUAUUCAUCCGAAGAGGCACUGAAACAGGAAAGAAGUGUGGAUAGACCUGAUUCGGGGUUUGUAACAGCAGACCACACCCAGGGUUACCACAACAGAGGAAGUGAAAGUGUUGUCCAAACAGAUCUUCACCUUGCAGUUCGACAGGGGCAUCUGGAAAUGGUCAGGAUGCUGCUGGAAAGAGGAGCAAAUGUGAAUAAACCAGAUGAGGGAGGAUGGACACCAAAGGCAUUAGCGAAACAACACUCAAAUAGAGGCAUAUAUGAUCUCAUACUGAAUCACGAAAAGAACAAGAAGUCAGAUGAAGUCAUUGAUCAUUACAGUAAACAUUCGUGCAUCAGCACAAGCAGUCCAACAUGCUCAGCCACCCCAGCAGCAGUAUCAUCCGAGAAGAAGAGAGUCACCAUUCACAUGAAGUUUCAUAAUAACCGAAGUUCAGAAAAGAAACUGCCGAAGCUAAUAAUUCUACCUGAUUCAUUACAGGAGUUACUCAAAAUAGCAGGUCAAAAGUUUGGAGAUGAGAGUCUUACAACUGUAGUAAAUGAAGAGAACACAGAAAUAGAUGACCUGAAUGUCAUACGAGAUGGUGAUCAUCUAUUUUUUCUGUCAAGCCAGUAUGAAAAGGCUGAUUAUGGCAUAAGUUAAAAACAUACAACAACCAUAAUAAGAAAAAUGCAUAGCUAGGGAAACUGAAAAGCAGCAUACACAGGUUUCUAAUAGCUGCACCAAUCAAUCCAUGUGUUCCUUUGAAGGCGACAAGGAGUGUAUGAAAUCUGUGUAACCAUUUACACGGAAACUUUCCGAUCCUGAAAGUGUAAAUACUAUCUAAUUGUAUGCCUAGGUGGUCAGCUGUAAAACAAUUUCCAGGAUUUUGAGCAUGCUAUUACCUUUAACUCUCAA